AUGGUUGCUUCUAAAGGUUCUUGGAAGUGGACCCAAGAGUGUUCGGCAGUCGAAGGUACUAAGCCGUUGACCAAUCAUGUCUAUGUGAAGCAAGAACCUCCUCAGCAGACUGUGAAUGAAGAUAGAAGAGCUCAGAAGAGAGCUCGUACAGAGAUGUUUACGGAGGCUCCUUCAGAGCCUACUUCAGAUCCUCCUACAGAAUCUUCUGCUUCUUGGAAUUGGCUUAAGAGAGGAAAGAAUGAACAAAUGUUCAAGGAUAUGACGAAAGUAAUGACUAAUGGGUUUGGGCAGUGCGUAAAAGAAAUGAAUCUUCUUGUGGAUAAAAUGGAAUAUGUGGAGAAGAAGGUGGGAAUCAACCAGAAAGGCACUAACUCUAAUGAACUUCAACUCACAGUUUCAGACCUGACUAAGCCUGCGCUCGAACCAGGGAGUGAGAGUGUGAAUCAGGAGAAAGUAAGAAGUCUGAAUAAUGUACAUGAUGACAACAUAGAUCCGAGUGGUAUUAAAGAACCGAGUGUUGUCAUUAUGGACAAACAAAAAUCAACCAUAUCAGAUUUAAUGAAGCAGGACGGGAGAUGCAAGACAAAGAAAGAUGAUGUUAUGGCACUAUGCCGGGCAAAGAGUGAUCGAGAAAGGAAGCUUGAUGCGGCACAUCAAUCUUCUUUUAAGGGAAACCGAACAGCCAAACUGAUCAUUCCGACCAAGAAGAUUGGUCAUGAAUAUGAUUUGUUUGCCACCGUUGACAAGCAUAAGAUGUGGAUCAACAAGUACGGGGAAUUUAAGAGUUCAGAGACAGGUUACAACGGUUUAGGAAGAACGCUCCCUGCCGGGUCGUAUAAUCUGUAUGAAGGCUUAGCUCCAAAAUAUCGCCAAACAAAGAAGGUUUGGGGAUCAUAUGUGGAUGAUAUAUACGCGCCAGUAAAGUACAACAACGAUCAUUGGAUUGCUAUUUGGAUAUCGAUCCCUAACAAACACUUAACCAUCUGGGACAGCACUCCUACUCAUAUUAGAACUGCUCAACUGGCCGAGUUAAUGAAGCCUUUUACCACAAUGGUCCCUUAUUUGCUUGUUGAAUUUCCCAGCUCCGACUAA